UUCAAACUGUGGACAGUUUAUUUCGUACAGUAUCAAUAUACGCUCUGAAAUGAACCUUCAUUUGAAAGCGUGUUUAUUAGUUUCUUUUUAAUCAGCCAAUUCAAAGAUCUGGAGUUCUUCGUAGCGGACGGAUUUUUUAACCAUUAAUUUCUAAAAAUUUCUGAGAAGUUCUGAUAAUAUGGCGGCAAGUAGAAAUAACGACCUUAACGACAAGAUUGUGAUCAGUGGCAUAUCAGGACUGUUUCCAAGCUCGAACAGUGUUAAUGAAUUCAUGCACAACUUAUAUAAUAAGGUGGACAUGGUGACUUCUGAUAAUCCGAGAUGGAAUCUCAAUGAUCCCAGCAUACCCAAACAUAUUGGCAUGGUGGAGGGUUUUGAUAAAUUUGACGCGCAGUUCUUCAAAGUCACUUAUCCGGUAGGCAAUGUAAUGGAGCCUAUGGGAAGGAAACUUCUUGAGGAAACUUAUGGUGCUAUUUUCGAUUCAGGUACUAGCCUGGCUUCACUCAAAGAAAAAAAGAUUGGGGUCUUCAUCGGUUCUUCCUUCACCGAUAGCAGUGCUAUGAUCAUUUAUGAACUUGGCAAUUACGGAAAUUUUAUUAUUAAUGGAACCAGCAAAGCCAUGUUCGCAAAUCGUAUAUCCUACUGGAUCGACGGGAAAGGUCCGUCAUACAACCUGGACUACUCCUGUGCUAGUUCCACUGCCUGCCUCGAGGUCGCGUGCAGCAGAAUUAAGGCGGGAGAUUGCGACGCGGCUAUCAUUGGUGGUUGCAACCACUGUCUAUAUCCUAACGUGUUGAGAAAUAUGCGAUGCGCGGGCCUUUUAUGUUUGGAUGGGAAGACAAAAUGUUUCGAUAAAAACGCCGAUGGCUAUGUCAGGUCCGAUGCGGUGAGCUCGGUGUUUUUACAAAAGGGGAAGGAUGCAAAAAGGAUAUAUGCAGAAGUGGUACACGUUAAAGGCGAAUACAAAACAAAACCUGACGCUGCAUUCCUGCAGUUACGAGAACCCGAUGAUUUACAGGAAUUCCUAAACAAAUUUUAUGUGGAAGCAAAAAUUGAUCCAAGUUGUGUGGAAUACGUCGAGGCUCAUGCAGCUGCCAUUGCGAAAGCAGAUCGAAAUGAAAUUCAAGCAAUCGGCAACGUUUUUGCUAAAGAGAAAGUAAUUAAAAUCGGUAGUGUUAAAUCGAAUAUGGGGAACUGCGGACCUGCUUCAGGGGUGACUGCCCUCACCAAGCUUUGCCUUGCUUACCAUCAAGGAAGAUUACCAGCUAACUUACAUUACACUGAACCUCAUGAUUUACCAGCAGUACAAGAUAACAGGGUUCAGGUUGUGACAGAGAAUGAGGAGUUCAACCGAGGUUAUACUGCCAUAAAUAGUUUCUCUAUGACUGGUGGUAAUUACCAUGUGCUUUUGAAAGGACAUUAUAAGAAGAAGGAUCCGAAAAGGUAUCAAUGUACAAUCCCGCAAAUGGUCUUGGCUUCUGGAAGACAAGAAGAAUGUGCAAACAAAGUUUUUGAUAUGUUAAAUAAUCAACCAAUAGAUUUAGAACAAAUCGCACUCCUGCGUAAUAUUUUUGCGGAUGACAUACUUGGACACACCGUGCGGGGAUAUGUCAUACUUGACACAAAUGAGAACAAUGAAACAGUUUGUCUGUCUAAAAGUGUCAACCGCUACCCAGGUGUGAAACAGCCUGUCUGGUUCGUUUACAGCGGCAUGGGUUCCCAAUGGGGUGGGAUGGGAGCUGAUCUGAUGCGGAUACCAAUAUUUGCAGACGCUAUGAGGAAGUGCAGCAAAGUUCUGGACCCAAAAGGUGUGGAUCUUCUAAAAAUAAUAACGGAGCCGAAUAACGCAUUGUUUGACGACAUCUUAAACAGCUUCGUCGGUAUAAGUGCUGUCCAGAUUGGCCUUACAGAUAUUCUGACGGCAAUUGGAAUCGUUCCUGAUUAUAUUAUUGGUCACAGUUUAGGAGAAACAGUUUGUGGAUACCAAGAUAACACUUUCACAGCUGAAGAAACGAUAUUGUGUACCUACUGUCGCGGUAAAGUUUCCAAGGACACUUCAUUUAUAAAGGGCGCCAUGGCUGCAGUAGCUAUAGGGUAUAAUUCAAUGGUGAAUCAAUGUCCUCCAGACAUCGAUAUAGCUUGUCACAACAGCUCUGAUUCAUCCACUAUAUCGGGACCUUCAGAAUCGGUGAAGAAGUUCGUCAAUGAGCUGACUGCUCGUGGUGUAUUCGCUAGAGAAGUGGCUUGUGCUAAUAUUCCGUAUCAUUCAAGAUACGUAUCAGACGCUGGUUCAGUUCUUCUAACACAACUCAGAGACUUAAUAAAAGAUCCCAAACCCCGCAGUAAGAAGUGGCUUUCGACAUCCAUACCGCAACACCAAUGGGACGAGCCCCUAGCACAGUACUCCUCUGCUGAAUAUCAUACAAAUAACGCAUUGAGUCCAGUAUUAUUCGAGGAGACAGCUAAAUUGAUACCUGAAAAUGCCAUAGUAAUUGAGAUAGCCCCACACGGCUUGUUGCAAGCAAUUAUGAAGAGAUCUCACAAAAACUGUACACACAUAUCCUUGACCAAACGAGGGGUGAAAGAUGGUGUCAAAUUCCUGCUGGAAGCCAUUGGAAAAAUGUACGAAGCUGGCCUGAAUCCAAAACUGGACGCAUUAUAUCCGAAAAUAGAUUAUCCUGUGUCGACCGAAACGCCUUUACUUUCGCACUUUGUUCAAUGGGAGCAUAGUGAAGAUUGGCCUAUAAGAACAUUCAAUAAAUUAGAAAAGAUUACAGCAAGAUCGCGGAAAAUCAUCUUGUCAGUUCAUGAUGAUGAGUAUCAGUACCUUGAAGGACAUGUCAGGGAAGGUAAAAACGUGUUACCAGAAUCAGCUGUUCUGGUCCUUGUGUGGGAGACUCUCGCUAUGUACCGAGAAAUGGAUUACAGCAACCUCUCGAUAGUGUUUGAGAAUAUUCAUUUCUUAAGCGAAGUUGUUAUUAAACGUGAUAGUUCUCUGAAGUUGUCUAUAAUGAUUAACAGAGGAGAUAGUAAGUUUGAGGUUUGCUACGACAACACGUUAAUAGCCACUGGUGUCAUAAAUGGUGUUAAAAUGGUCCAUUUCCAGCAAGUGUUCGAAGAAGAGGAAAAAGACGAUGACAUUAUUUUGAACUCUGAAGAUAUUUACAGAGUAUUUGAGACGCGAGGGUUUUCUUACGAUGGACAGUUCAAAUCGAUCCACUCGUCAAACAUCGAAUGUAACAAAGCACGUGUCAAGUGGACAAACGAAUGGGUUACAUUCCUGGACUCUCUGAUGCAACUGAACACUCUAACGCGAGACUGUGAAGGGGUGUCUGUGCCUAAAUUCAUUAGAAAAUUGAGUAUCAGUAUGGUCGAACAAGAUAUCUAUAGGCAAAAUUUUGAUGGGGACUACUGCAGUGCGGUUUUGAAUCACUUACAAGGAAUAACAAGAUGUGCAGGGGUGGAGAUCGAUACCGUUAUUUUUACCGAUAAGCCAGUUUACGAAAAAGAGUGUGAUGUUUUGGAAACAAGAUCAUUCUUUCCCUAUUAUUCUAUGAACAGAGUUGACUUAAAUACUUCGUUGCACAUAAUUUUGCAAAUAGUAUCUGAAAAUGCUGAUACCAAUAUAAUUAGGGUAAUUGCAACCACCAAUUCUCAAGGUGAAAUCAUCGCCUCACUAAAAGAAGUAGCUGAUAAAAUGCCAAUUGAAGUGGAAAUAGAAAUCAAUCUAGUAAAUGGACAAUCAAAUGAAAUUAUCGCCAAAACUAAAGAUACUGAAAAAACGAACGUGCUUAUUAUUGAAAAUCUGUUUGGGAAUCAGCAGACACUACAUACCAUAAGGAACAUAUCGGAAGAAUCCUUCAUAUUGACGUUAGAACAAAGCGUUCCCAACAUUCAACCGAAUUUAAGGGAACAUUUCACAAUAAUCACGUCUUUGUCUGAUGGAAAGCAAAUACUAAUUUUACUAAAGAGGGCUCAUUUGAAACAGGAGACUAUAUACGUUAAGAUCAGUUCGGAUAAUAAAUUCUCUUGGGUGCCACGUGUGUACGGCGAGUUGAAGACGACGAAACGUGUGGUUUUAAUCUCGGAACGACAGGCUUAUUGUGGCGUCUUAGGUUUCGUUCACAAAUUACGGAGAGAUGGUGCGAAGAAAUUAUGUGCUGUUAUUAUAGAUGAUUUCCAAGCAGCUAGUUUUAACCCUGAAAUUAAUAUUUAUAAAGAUCAAAUUGAGAAGAAUUUAGCAAUAAAUAUUAUGAAAAAGGGUCAGUGGGGUUCAUAUUACUAUACUCUAAGCCCCAAAUUUGUUACCCUUCGAAAUGCUACUUUGACGAAAAUAGCACCUAGUAUCCAAGAUGGGCUAGUCUGGGUGGAGCAAGCUCCAAUAAUAGCUAAUAAUAACUUAGUACAGGUUUCCUUCGCCGGUCUAUCCUUGAAGGAUUUGGAGAAGGCUGUGAACAACGAAAAAAUUGAAGAUACUUCAUUCGGAUUGGACUUCAGUGGUAUUGACAUAAGUGGUGACAGAGUAAUGGGUAUAAUAAAAGGAUCAGUGAGCAGCUCCAUCGAAGCUGACUUUGAUUUACUUUGGCCUGUUCCUGACCACUGGAGUUUAGAAGAAGCUGCCACAGUACCUCUGCCUUAUGUUCAUGCUUAUUACUGCCUUACCAUGAGAAGUGAGCUAUGCAAGGGUCAAACAGUGCUUGUGACAGGUGGAACAGGGGCUCUCGGGCAAGCCAUUAUUUCAUUAUGCUUGAAUAUUAACUGCAAAGUCUUUACAACAGUCAGCACUUUAGACAAGAAGAAAUUUCUGUUAAAAUUAUUUCCCGAACUGAAUGAACAUCACGUCGGUUACUCUGGAGACGAUUCAUUUCACAGUAUGGUUACUAUUUAUACGAAGAACAAAGGCUGCGAUUUAGUCAUAAAUUCUUCUACUGGCUCUUUGCGAGAGGCUGCCAUGAAAUGUGUAGGCGUUUUCGGAUUAUUCCUGGACUUGAGUAAAUAUGAUAUGGACAAUAAUAAAGUUAUUGGUAUGGCAUACCUAUGUGGAGUUAGAAACUACAGAGCCGUGGACCUUAGUAAUAUAUUUAGACCUGAAAAUAAUAAAGAUAAAAAGCUGUUACAAAAAAUGGUUAGUGAAGGCAUUGCAAAUGGUAUGGUGAAACCAUUAACUAGAGUGAUUUAUUCGCCCAAAGACGUGGCAAGGGCGUUCAGAUUAUUAUCUGCUAGCAAUCAUAGAGGAAGAGCACUUAUUCGAAUGAGAGAUCCUAUUAUAACGAAUCAAGGAAUGCUGGUAUCGCCAAGAUUAACAUUAUCAAAUAAAGGAGUAUACAUAGUGAUAAAUGAUAACAAAGACCUAGGAAUCGAACUAGUUGACAGAUUGGUUAAGCGAGGAGCUAGAAAAAUAGUCAUACACACGAGAUCUAGACCAGUUUCUGGCUAUACUCAAACUAAAUUUGUAACAUGGAUGAGAGAGGAUGUGGCCAUAAAAUUAAAUUCUGAAAACCUUCAAACUGAGCAAGGAUGUAUAAGGAUGAUCAAGGACGGUACUAAAAUUGGACAAAUUAAAGGGAUAUUCAUUGUUCAAAAUUUGGAAGGUUUGGUUAAAGUCAACCAAGAUGAGAGUAAUGAAGAAUUUUCAAAUAAAUUUAGCAAAUUAGUAAUGAUUGUGUCUAACUUAGAUGUUAUUACUAGAACCUAUUGCAGUGAAUUAAGCCAUUUUGUGAUACUAUCGCCUUUAUCACAAAAUGACGCCGAUGAGUACUCUGUAGCCAUCGUCGAGAAGAUAUGUCGAGCGAGGAACGACAUCGGGUACCCGGCCUUGGUUUUACGUUACAACGGUUACAAUGAUUCAGAGAACAAAUUCAUCGGAUCGUGUGACAAAUUGUUACCUGCACCGAGGUCGGCGCUUUUCGAUGCAAUGGAAAAGAGUUUGAAGCUAAAACACAAAUACGUUCGCACGUUCAAUUUGAAGAAUACCAAACGUUUGGAUUUUAUACAGAAAAUAUCCGAUGUAGUGGGUACAAAAUUCGUAGAAGACGCAAACAACAAAAAGACCUUAGGAGAUUUGAAAUUAAAUAAUAGUACUUUGACAGAAAUAAAGGCAAUUAUAAGUGAAUCUUAUAAUGUAGAUUAUCAUCUUGAAAAGAUUCAACAUAUGACUAUUCAAAGUCUCAAAAACCUUGGUAAGGACGAUACAAAUAAAAAUGACGAAAUUACAAGCGGACCUGGAGUAUUUUACACGCACAUCGAAUCUGAAAAAACACACAUGUUGGAUUCACUUCCUGUUGUACCAAUGAUUACUUUAUUAAAUGAUGGAACUGAGAAUGAUUUGGAUCCACAAGGGACGUAUCUUACGAUGAUACCAGGUUUUGAAGGCAGGUCAGAUAUAUUUACGUCAAUAGCAGAGAGACUGAAGAUACAAGCUGUUACAAUCCCAUUAGGACCAGAUAUGCCACAUGACAGCAUACCAAAAAUGGCUGCGGAAGUCAGAAAGACCAUGAAAACUAAGUUCGAGACGAAAUCAAAGUUUUAUCUUUUAGGAUAUUCAUUCGGGGUUAACAUCGCAUUAGAAUUGGCAGCAUUGUUAGAGAAAGAAGGUCACGAGGGCAUUGUGUACUGUUUGGACAGCAGCCCAGACGCGUUACGGGUCCAGAUUAACGUUUAUCUAGGCAAUAUAACGCAGGCGCAACUGCAAAAUACUGUCAUAGAACAUGCGUAUUACCUAAUAACUGGUUUUGAAUCUAUCGAACUAAAACAUGAUUUGGAUAAUGCCAUAACGUGGUCGGAAAAGGUGGAAUGCUGUUUAGCUAAACUAAAAGGUUUAGUGAACUACUCGAACGAGUAUAAGAAGGUGAUAUUGGAGUCCAUGUACCAGAGGUUUAGAUUGGCCCAGGAGUAUAAGCCGAAGAUAAAGUUGCGUUCCGAAUUGGUUCUCAUAAGAGGCGUUCAGAAUUUAGAACAGCUUUCAGAUGAUUAUGGGCUAGGUGUUUACAGUGAGAAGAAAGUCAGUGUGCAUAACUUGGGAAUUGAGUAUAAAUUAGUUCCACGCGACUGCAGAGUCCCGAAUAUAAUCAAUAGACUGCUUGAGCCUUCUCUGCUAGAAAUAUUUAGAAAAAAGAAUCUUUGCGAUACAUACGUCAUUGAAGCGUGAUUUGGUUAUUAUUAAUAUAGGAUUUACUAAUAAAAGGUUAAAAAAUAAA